AAAAUGCACGAUGUCAAGAUCCACCAAAAAAGAAAAGACGUUGGAGAUCUUUGGCUCUAACAAUUGUCAUUGUAUUGUUGGUGGCAUCCACUAUUUGUUCUCUUGUGCUGUCAGCCUGGGCUGUCGGAAGUUUGAAGAAAGAAAUCAUAAAUAUCACCAAUCUCAACUACAAUGUUACAAAUAUGACACUGAAUGAAACAGAAAACGGCCAUGUUUCAGAUAUCACCAAUCUCAACUACAAUGUUACAAAUAUGACACUGAAUGAAACAGAAAACGGCCAUGUUUCAGAUAUCACCAAUCUCAACUACAAUGUUACAAAUAUGACACUGAAUGAAACAGAAAACGGCCAAGAACUGGACGCCCUAACAAAUCAACUUCAUUCUUUACGAUCUCAAAUUUUGGAUUUGCAAAACGGUUUCACGCGAGUAAGACUUCAAAGUGGUUGGUCAAAUGAAGGUCGUGUAGAAAUUCUUCACAACGGCACAUGGGGAACAAUUUGUGACGAAGGUUGGGAUAAUACUGACGCCGGUGUAGUAUGUCGCAUGCUUGGAUACGAUCGUGCCUACGCGUACUGCUGUGCAAUACACGGCGAAGGAAGUGGACCCAUAUGGCUUUCCGGGAUAGGUUGUGAUGGAACCGAGAAUAACAUUGCGUCUUGUAAAAAUCUUGGCUGGGGUAAUCAUUCCUCAUGCACCCAUAAUAAUGACGCAUCUGUAUACUGUAUUUGAACUGAACCAACUCGAGAUUCGUGGUUGAUUAAUAUCUUGGAGUUAAUUUCUAACAGAUACAACGUGGAUGGGGAAAACUUUCCUAAAUAAUACUGAUUAUUCAACCAGCCGUUAUUAGGCAAUGACACCGAAACCUGAUUCAAUUCUCUAGGAUUUCGGAUCGUUUGUAACAGCGGCAUAACCUACUUCCA